CACCUGGCUCUGAUUGGCUGACCGGGCGCUGCUGGGAGGGCUCGGCGCCGGCAGCACGAUGGCGGCGUCCGCGCUGCGGUUGUGGGGGCUCCUGGCGGUGCUGGCGGCGGCUGAGGGGGGACCCCGCACCCUGGUGCUGCUGGAGAACGGCAACCUGCGGGACACGCACUCGCUCUUCUUCCGCAGCCUGGCGGACAGGGGCUUCGAUCUGACGUUCCGGACGGCGGAUGAUGCGAGUCUGUCCCUGAUCAAAUAUGGAGAAUUUCUAUAUGACAACUUAAUCAUUUUCUCACCAUCCAUAGAAGAUUUUGGUGGGAACAUCAACGUGGAGACCAUCACCGCCUUCAUCGAUGGUGGUGGGAGCGUCCUCGUGGCCGCCAGCUCAGACAUUGGCGACCCGCUGCGGGAGCUGGGCAGUGAGUGCGGGAUUGAGUUUGACGAGGAAAGGACAGCUGUGAUCGACCAUCACAACUACGAUAUAUCCGACCCCGGCCAGCACACGCUCAUUGUUGCUGACACUGAAAAUCUGCUGAAGGCCCCCACCAUUGUGGGGAGAGCGGCGCUGAACCCCAUCCUCUUCCGAGGGGUCGGGAUGGUGGCUGAUCCCGACAACCCGCUGGUGCUGGACAUCCUGACCGGCUCCUCCACCUCUUACUCCUUCUUCCCAGACAAACCCAUAACCCAGUACCCGCACGCGGUCGGGAAGAACACCCUCCUGAUCGCCGGCCUCCAAGCCCGCAACAACGCCCGCGUCGUUUUCAGCGGCUCCUUGGAUUUCUUUAGCGAUGCUUUCUUCAAUUCCGCCGUGCAGAAAGCUGCCCCUGGCUCCAAGAGGUACUCGCAGACGGGGAAUUAUGAGCUGGCCGUCGCCUUGUCCCGCUGGGUGUUCAAGGAGGAGGGAGUGCUGCGCGUGGGGGCCGUGUCCCACCACCGCGUGGGGGAACUGGCGCCUCCCAACGCCUACACCGUCACCGACCUCGUGGAGUACAGCAUUGUCAUCGAAAAGCUUUCUGACGGCAAGUGGGUCCCGUUCGACGGCGAUGACAUUCAGCUGGAGUUCGUCCGCAUCGACCCCUUUGUGCGCACCUUCCUGAAGCGGAACGGCGGCAAAUACAGCGUGAGGUUCAAGCUGCCGGAUGUCUACGGGGUGUUUCAGUUCAAGGUGGAUUAUAACCGCCUGGGUUACACCCACCUCUACUCCUCCACCCAGGUGUCCGUCCGUCCCCUCCAGCACACCCAGUACGAACGUUUCAUCCCCUCGGCGUACCCCUACUACGCUGGCGCCUUCUCCAUGAUGGUUGGACUCUUCAUGUUCAGCAUCGUCUUCCUGCACAUGAAAGAGAAGGAAAAAUCCGAUUGAGAGAGAAAUUCCUCCCAGGAGAAGAAAAGCCUUUUCCGCAGGGACGCUGGUGUGUGAGGCGGGAGGACUGGUAGGUGCCAGACACGCUGUGGUUUUGUGUUUGGUCUCUUUAUUUUCACACACGAGGGGGAUUAAUAGGAGGGAAAAUGAAAUUUUGAGGGGAAAAUCUGUCGCCGAAGCAUCUGCAGACACAGGAUCGUGUCGUUCUGUGACGAGAUCGGUGUUUGUCUCGCCCCGACGCGGGAAUGAUGUUGAUUUGAGAUUAAGACCCUUCUCAAAAUAAAGUCUUACUCCUCUU